AUGGCAUGCUCUCAAUACAUCUCGACGAAAGAGACAACACAUGCUGCUCGUGUUUCCCGGUUAUUGUUGGAUCCCUGUACUGACCUAUUCAGAGACAUUCUGAGGAACCAUGUUACAGAGGUUCAGUUCCCAUUUAUCCUUCAAAAGGAGAAGAAUACAUUAAGCCCUAUCUUAAACAAAGCCCAAAGAGAAAAACUUUACCCCAGAUCAGGCAAUUUUACUGGAACAUACGAUGUGUUUGAUUUAUCGUUAUUGUAUAUAUUACUAAGAAAUAUAUCAGGAAUUACGCCUCACCAGAAAGGAUGGGGUAAAUCACCAGAUCCAUCUGAUCGAUCCCUUUCUGCUAACAUAGACCGAAUCAGAGAGAUCAGAAAUACCUAUUGUGGACAUGCAGUCAGUGUUUCUCUCCUAGAUGCUGAAUUUCUGAAACUUUGGCAAGACCUUACAAUUAUUAUCACUGAACUUGAGGGAAGCCUUCCUGGAGGGUGUACCACAUACACUGAUGCAGCAAAUAUCAUUAAAACAGUAACAAUGGAUCCUGAACAAGAAAAGAGGUUCCUGGACAUGAUCGAUCAACAACAUCAAUCAACAGCGGAUUUGAAAAAAAUCAUGUCAGGGAUUACAACAAACCUGAAAAAUCAAAACGUAAAUCUGAAUAUGCUAGAGCUGCGGAGAGUGGUAACUGACGUGGAUAUAACGGAACUGGAAAUCAACCAAAAGAGAGAGAGAACUGAGUUAGAGAAAGUGAAGUAUGAGCAAGACAAACAGAGAACUGAACUAAAUGACUUAUCAACAAAUCUUGCAAGAUUAGAAAAGCUCUCUAAUUCAGAAAAGAAGAAAUAUGAGACAUCAAGGGACGACAGAGAAGUGGACACCGUUGUUGGAGAGACAACAUGGAGUGAUGAUGAAUUGUACUACGUGGUUGAAGAGACACCAUCGAGUGGUGAAUUGUACUACAUUGUUGAAGAGACAUCACAGGGUGAUGAAGAAGUGGACUACGUUGUUGAAGAGACACCAUCGAAUGAUGAAUUGUACUACAUUGUUAAAGAGACAGCACGGGGUGCUAAAGAAUUGUUCGAUGAUGUGGUAGAAAAACCAUUGAUUGGUAAUUUGGACAACCUUAUUGAAGAGACAGCACGGAGUGCUGCACGGGGUGCUGAAAAAUUGCUUGACUUUUUAGAAGAUAAAUGA